GCUUUUGUACCCAUAGCUGCUCGGAGUUCCUUGUGUCUGCCAUGUCAUCUCCUUCCCAUUCUUGGCCUUCUCCACUGACAGGGUGAACAUGUCCAAGCUUCCAAGUAAAGACUCUUCAUUGCGCGAGCGGUUCAAAAGCAUUCUGGGUAUUGGCACCCGUAUUAGCACCAAACAAGCUGAAUCCAAGCCAACGGAGUUCAUAAUCACUUUUGAAAUACUAAAGGAUCUGAAUAUAGAGAGUGGACUUUACAAUAGAAUAAAAACUAUUGGACAUGUUUGUGAACUUGCUAGGACCAGGAAAUUUGAAGAGCAUGCAGUGGAGGCCGUGUGGCAGGCUGUCUUUGACUUGAUGUCUGAUGAUCAGCCCUCAGAAGCCAGGCAUGCAGUACUACACUUAAUGAAAGCUAUUAUUCAGGGACAGGGGGAAAGGCUUGGACCAAUGAGAGCACACUUUUUCCGUGUUAUCAAGGAUUACCCUAUGAAUUGUGAUCUACAGGAGAGACUAGAAGUCUUCAAAGCGCUAACAGAAAAUGGAAAAGACAUCACCUAUCUUGAAGAAGACCUGUCCUUAUUUGUUCUCAAGUGGUUAGAAAUUGGUCUGACAGUGGAGUUUCUGGAAGUUCUGGUCAAUCUCGUCAAAUUCAACAGUUGCUACUUGGAUCAGAUUGUGGCUCAGAUUGUGCAUAAGAUCUGCGUCCUCUGUAAUCUGACUACAGUGCCAACAGAUAUAGAGGUCUCCUUGCAAGUCCUUGAUGCUGUUGUCUGCUACAACUCUUUGCCUUCAGAGUCCCUCCCAGGAUUUAUCAUAACACUUUGUCAUACAGUGAAUGUCAAGGAGUUCUGUGAAUCUUGUUGGAAGCUGAUGCGAAAGGUCCUGGGAACUCACUUGGGACACAGUGCAAUUUAUACAAUGUGUCGCAUUAUGGAAGAUAAAAUGCACAUGGAUGAUGCGGCCUUGUUGAGAGGUGCAGUAUUUUUUGUUGGAAUGGCUCUCUGGGGUGCACAUCGUCUCAUUACCCUGAAGAGUACCCCAACAUCUGUUUUACCCUCUUUUUAUAAGGCUAUGACAAGUGCUAAUGCUGUAGUGUCCUAUGAAAUAGUUCUGUCCAUCACUCGAUUAAUUAAAAAGUAUGGAAAAGAAUUGCAGGUAGUUACCUGGGAACAACUUCUGGAUAUUAUUGAGCGAUUACUUCAGCAAAUUGAGACACUGGGUAGUAACGAACUGUCUGUUAUUGUACAUGAGCUGCUAACCACAAUAGAAGAGUUGUAUGAACAAAAAGAUUAUCACGGUCCUCAGGAACGAUUAUUUGCACUGAUUGAAAAGUGUUCCAAUAAAAGGCCGGAGAUGUCAGUCCUUACACUAGUGUCAUACCGGGCUCAGUCAGUUCAUCCUGCCAAAUACUGCUGGAUUCAGAAUCUGCAGAAACUAAUGGAGAAGUUCUUCAAGAAUGAAAGUCGAAGCGCCAUUCGCAAGAAAGCACUUGACGUCCUGCUAUUUAUUUUGAGCAUUAAUAGACAAUUAUAUGAAGAGGAGUUAAUUGAAGCUGUGGUGAUCCCUCAGCUGGGGCACAUUGCAGAGGACAAGGACCAUGUGGUACGGAGACUGGCUGCGCAACUGCUAGUAGACCUGGCCGUGGACUGCAACACUCCUCAGUUUAACAGUCUUUUGGACAUUAUCGAAAAGGUUAUUAAUCGGCCACUCAUCGAUCCAUCUGUGGAAGGAGCGGAAAGCAGUUUUUCACACGAUUCUACGCUGGAGGAUGUGAAGACUGCAGUUUUGGGUCUUCUAGUAAUUCUGCAGACCAAAUUGUACUGUUUGCCCGCCAGCCAUGCGUGUCGAGUCUAUGAACUUCUGAUAAGCCACAUACAGUCACAUUACCAGCAGAUGUACACCUCCGCUAUUGCCAGCAGUAUUCGCCUACAGGUAUUUAAUUUUUUUCUGCAGCUUCGAGCAGACUCUCUCUUUCGCAUUGGAGUGCCAAACAAGGACAUGAUAGUGAGGUUCAGCCCUUAUUGUCUCUGUGGAAGCAGUGAUUCUGAGAAGAAAGGACAAGGUACAGUUUCUCCUCCAGCGGGAAGUCCUGCCACAGCUCAGAGUACCAGUAUUAGGCUGGGUUAUUUGCCUUUUUCACUGGCCUUUAAUGCAGUUCUCCAGUGUCUUGAGCAUGAGACGGACUGGACCGUGCUGAAGCUAGUUUUAGAUAAGCUACCAGAAUUGCUGAGGUACAAGGGACUGAUACUGACCUCUCCCUGCAGUAUGGAUCAGCUCUGCUCUGCUCUCUGUACCAUGGUCACUGACCGCCAGUUGCCAGAGCGACUAAAGAAUGUACCUGAGGGUUUCUCUCGCACAGAUGUACAGCUGGUGGUGGUUCCUGUGCUGACGGUCAUCACCUCCUACCAUGUUUACUUGGACCAGACCAAACAGCGUGAGUUUGUUCACUGCCUUGAUACUGGGCUGAUCUACCGUUGUGCCAAGCAAUGUGUGGUGACGUUGACCAUGUGCAUCAUCGAGAUGCCAGAUAUCAUGGUUAAACUGCUUCCGGGCAUCAUUCUCAAGUUGACGCACAUCUCAGCCACACUCACCAUGGCUAUCCCUAUGCUGGAGUUCUUAUCAACAUUGGUGAGAAUUCCUCCUCUUUAUGCCAACUUCGUGGCCGAACAGUAUGUCAGUGUUUUUGCUAUCUCGUUACCUUACACCAACCCUUUCAAAUUCAACCAGUAUAUAGUAUCCCUAGCACACCAUGUGAUAGCCAUGUGGUUCAUUCGAUGUCGGCUUGUGUUCAGGAAGGACUUCGUGCGAUACAUUACUAAAGGUCUCAGAUCAAAUGCCUUGCUGCCAUUUGAGGACACGCAUGAACCCACCAGCUUUCGAGCUCGUAGCACAAGCUUAAAUGAAAGACCUUUCAAAAGCUUGCGAGCCUCAAAGUCCCUAAAGCCAGGCUUCACUAGUUCCCAAAUUAAAGAUAUGAGAGACCUGUCGGCAGUCGCGGCCUUCCGGUCCCGCAGCAUCAGUGUUUCAGAACAUGCCAUCCAAAGAAUGCAAACCUCUAUUACGAGUUCUAGCUUGGGAUCAGCAGAUGAGAGUUCACUUGCAGAAGCAGAAGACAGUCUAAAGACCGUCCAUCUUGAACUUACUGAAACAUGCUUGGAUAUGAUGGCUCGAUAUGUGUUUUCUAACUUCUCCGCUCUGCCCAAGAGGUCCCCUGUUGCAGAGUUUCUCCUUGGUGCAGGAAGGAGUAACACAUGGCUAGUUGGGAACAAGCUAGUCACAGUGACCACCAGCAGUGGUGCGGGGACGAGAGCACUAAUGGGUCUUGAUUCCUUGGACCAGAAGAGCAAUGAAGAGGCUUCCAGGGCGGAUUCAUCUCUGCAAGUGAAGACCACCCAAGAAGCACCUGCCAAGCUGGAAUCUCAAACCAGUCAGCAGAUUGGAAAGGCAGCUCGCCUGCGAGUGAGAUCCAUAUCAGGUGGUCAUGCUCUUCAUAGUGAAUCAGUUCAGAAUUUAAGUCCCUUGGUAUCACCCUCGGACAGCGAGGUCAGUGUUCCCUCUGCGACUGCAGCUCAGAAAGGAUUGGAAAACCGCAAAACAUUGCAUCAGGAUGCACCCCCAUCUCGUGAACAGCUGCCCUCCCAGAAGGAAAGAGCCAAUCUGGCUGAAUAUGCAUCUGUGCUGACUCAAGGAUGGGCUGAAAUAUACAUCCGUCGACCCUCAGGUAAUGCAAGCUGGCUUCUGUGUCUGGAGAAUCCACCAAGUCCGUUUUCCUCUGAGAUAAACAACAUUCCCUUGCAGGAGUUGUCCACAAUGCUGAUGGCGGUGGAGAGAGUGAUCGAUCCAUACCAGCAAGCACCCAGUCGAUCAGAAUCCAUGCCGUGCCACAGCCUCACAUCGAAACCACCUUUGCUUCAGCGUUUCAACACAGAUUCGGUGGCAGUGGCGGAGGAAGGUGAUGGAAUGGGAAUGCACUUGAAAGCCUGUGACUCUCCUGUAGAGUCUCACGAACUGGAUGACUUUGAGGCAAUGGUUUCAGAGCCGAUCUUCAUGCCUGUGGAGAGCCAGGACGCAGUUCCAGCAUCGUACAGCAGAUCGUCAUCGACAUCUAGUCAAGAGGAAGAAAAGACCCACCAACCAGAGGAAAGUGGAAUAAUUGGUAUUUCAUCUGAAAAGGUUAUACCGUCUUCUUUGGCUAUCGAUCCAUUGGAGGAAGAAUUUGAUUUCAACCAUGCUCAAACUCUCAACAAGUCAAGCUCCUCUCCAGAGCUUCAGAACCUCCCAGAAAUAGGUGAACUAAAUGUGAAGGAGGGAAUCACAGUGAAACCUGCCACUGAAGUGAAGUCCAGAGGCCAUACUGAAAGUAUCGAAGAGGAAGGCUCUUCCAGUGGCAAAUUGGAGACUAUUGAUGGUAGCAAGCAGGAGGCUCUGCCUCCGGCGGAACAGAAAGAACCACCACUGUCACCAAACCGUUACAGACCCAGGGGCCACACCAUCUCAGAUUCUGCCCCGUCAAGGAGGGGGCGGAGAGCACAGCGGGAUGGGGUCCACAAGAGAUCAGCGGCCUCUAAUGCAGAGAAGAUUAGUGGAAUAAGCCCAAGUUUCGUGUUUCUUCAACUCUACCAUUCGCCUUUCUUUGGUAGUGAGUCAAACAAGCCUCUUCUGGUUCCCAACAAUGAGAUCACAGAACGAGCCAUUAAAGUCCUUGACCAGAUGCCACCAUACGAUACACACAAAAUUGGAGUUGUGUACGUUGGGGAAGGACAGACUAAUAAUGAAGCUGAAAUCCUGUCCAAUGCAUAUGGAUCAUCCAGGUAUGCACAGUUCCUGACUGGCCUUGGUAAACUAAUCUAUCUCCAAGACUGCAACCCAGAACAAAUUUUCCUUGGUGGCCUGGACACAUAUGGUGACGAUGGGCAGUUUACAUACUGUUGGCAUGAUGACAUCAUGCAAGCAAUCUUUCACAUUGCGACUCUGAUGCCAAACAGAGAAUUUGAUCCAGCCUGUUGCAACAAGAAACGGCACAUAGGCAAUGACUACGUAGUGGUUGUAUACAAGGACACAGAAGAAGAAUACAAGCUGGGAACAAUAAAGGGUCAGUUUAACUUUGUGGAAGUAAUUAUUAAACCUCUAGACUUCGAAAGCAACCUGGUAACCCUGCAGGCUCGUAAAGACAUGGAGGGUCUGGUUGACACAAGUGUAGCUCGGAUUGUGUCAGACAAGAAUCUACCUCUGUUGGUGCGUCAGAUGGCAUUACAUGCAAAUAUGGCUUCACUUGUACAUCACAAAAGUGCCGUUCCUUCAGAGGCAUAUGCAAGCAAGUGGCUAGCAAGACUACGGCAGAUCAAACGGCUUCGAUCCAAGGUGUGUGAAGAUCUGCAGUAUCGCCAGAGUGCCGGAAUCUCCUUGAUCCAUGCCGCUGGCCAGAGUAAGAGUUCUCACCACCACCCCCACCAUCACCAUCACCAGCCACAACAGCAGCAUCUCCCCCACCACCAUUACCAACCGCAACACGUGCCACCACCGCUGUCUGCUGGCGCUGAAAUUGGCCAGCGGAAAAGGCUGAUGUCCACCGUAGAUGACUUCACAGACUUUGUUUAAAGCAGCCCCCUCGCCUGUUCUCGCACCCUGUCUGAAGUGUGCAAUACCUCCACCAUACUGUGAUAGAAGCCAAACGGUGCUUAGUUUGACGUGGGAUGGGCUUUGACUUGCAGUGCACUGUUUUGUGAUGAAGAAACUCUGCUCCUCCUGCCCUCUUCAGAGGGAGCACCCUGGUUUGAUGCCAGUCCGCUGGAAGAACUCAGAUGAAUGUGCAGAGGCUGCAGAUGGUUAUGGAUUGAGCCACCCCUUCCCCCUUCCACUGCCCCAGAAUGACACCAGUGGACUGGCGUAUUCAGCAAGUGACCAUUUAGUUGCCCUUGUGUGAGGGGUGAUUGGAACAGCCUUCCCAAAUGGAUGUGGUGUUGGGGAUAAGGGCAUAAGCUCCAUACUGAUCUGGUAAUAACUCUAUUUUGUGCAAUUACUUUGUAAAGGAAGGUGUGUUGUUAAUCUUCACACAGUUUUUAAACGCAGGUGUCAGUGUUGAAAUGCUGUAAUUAUGUCUCCAGUAAAAGUGAAUAAAUUUCGUUUGAAAAGC